CACCCGUACACAUAUGGCUGAAAAGCAGCGAGAUGUUGAGGACUUCAGUUAGCUGCAGCAAGUUAUAACUUUACCUUUGGCCCCGUGUAGUGUCACGUUUUUACGUGGGACAGAAUCCGUACCUAGUUUAGAUACCGAAUUUGCGAACCUUCAGACUUGGUGUUUCAAUAAAUUCGCUUUGCUUACGCUAAACAAGCUAGUGAGCGUUAGCAUUAGCUUCAGAGUGGGUGUCCUUCAGCUGAAGUCAUGUUGGAGGAACUAGAGACCAGACAACAGUCCUGUCAGGACCCUUCAGUGAACAGUCACAAGCCAGCGUCGGGAAAAUCACAAGACAUUUCCCAUGUCUUAGCAAGCAUUUUCAAGGAUGUUUACACCAAAGACAUAAUUGGAAAAGACACACUGUCCAACCUCUUAAAGACAAAAACUGGGAAAAGCAGCUAUCAUGACAGAUAUGUUGAAGAGCUUCAACAGGCUCAUUCUGAAUAUAACCGGUGUAUAAAAGAGGCAGACAUGCUGGAGAGUCAUAUAAUUCAGGCCAGAGCUCAGGCUGCUGCCACAGAAAGAGAAGCCUAUGAGAGACUUAAAGAGAGGAUGGAAGAUUUUGAUAAUAAAGAAGGCAUCUUCACAGUUCCAGUAAAGUCAGCCUUCACAUGGUGUGUAGAUAAUGAUCUUCUUGAAAUUAACAAUCUGAUCGCCCCUCGGGACUACCUAACUAUACCAACACCAAAACCACCACCACGUGCAGAAGCACCAGCAGUAAAAUCAAAUUCAGCCAAACCCACAGUAGCCUUCACUAUGCACGUGUCUCGGGAGCCCCAAGAUGAUGGUUACACACUACUUCCCAGUUCAGAAACGACCAUCCUGGAGAUGAAUGAGUCUGAUCUGAGCCUGACAUUUGAAUGCAGCUCAGAUACAUUCAAUAUGAAGAAAACAUCCACUGAGAAGCCAAAUCAAACCAAAACUCAACCAAAAUGGAAGGGAGAGCCAAGCGCCAAGGAUCGGGCUGAGGGGAGGAAUGAGCUCCAGAAGCUGAAAGAUCGGCAUAGAUUCCUACGCAAUCCACGUUUCCUUCCUCCAAAUACUCAGCAGGGUGGUGCAUCCCUCAUCCGGUCCAGAACCAAAGAGUGGGUAAAGGAGCAUGAGCAGAAAGCGAUGGAAAGGAAAAGCUCUAGUCAAGAUCCUAUCCCAGUCUUUUUAGCAAAACCUCCUGUGGUGUUUUUCACAGACUACAGCGUGGGACAUGUCUAUGAGACUACACUGGAGCUGAAAAACUUGACCUCCUCAAGCCGCCAUGUCCGUGUCAUUCCUCCCACCACUGCUUACUUCUCUAUUGGACUGGGGAGGUUCCCUGGUGAAGGGGGCAUUGUUGCUCCAGGGCUGAGUUGUAAAUACACAGUACGCUUCGCUCCAGACUCACUUGCAGACUUCGAAGACUUCAUAGUGGUGGAGACCCAAGCUGAGCACCUGCUACUGGUGCCCAUUGAGGCCCGACGACCCCCUCCGGUUCUUACCUUACCCAGAGUACUGGACUGUGGUUAUUGCUUGAUUGGAGGGGUCAAAUUUGUUGAAUUCCUCUGCCAAAACGUUGGUUUAAGCACCGGGACCUUCUGCGUAAUCCCUAAAAACCAAUGGCCAGCCUCCAACCUCAGGUCUGUGUCCAGAACCUACUUUUCAGAACAGCCUCCCUUUGCAGUCAGCCCGUCCCUUUUUGUUCUGCAGCCAGGGGAGGCCACAGUGGUAGAGGUUGUAUUUUUCCCCACCAGAGCAGAGAAGAGCUGUCAGGUAUUCACCGUCGUCUGUGACAACUGCCAGGUCAAAGACAUUUCUGUUGAAGGUGAGGGCCAGCUGAUUGCACUUGAACUCUUAUCGGUGUCUGGAGAGAGGGAGUGUCCUGCUGUGGGGGAGGUGCAUGACCUAACUGCAGAGCACUUUGUUCGCUUCAAUCCGUGUAACCCUCAUGCUGUGCAACAAAAGAGGCUUGUUAUUAGAAACAAUGUCCACUUGGAGCUGCCCUUCCACUGGCAGAUCAUGAAGCCCAACGUGCAUCCUCUGCUUCCAGGGGAAACCCCGGAGCCCUCACAUAUCCAAUUCCACCCGACCACAGACGAUGUUUUCCAUGUUACUCCACUAUCAGGCCUUCUGGCUCCCUGCCAGAAUCAGGAAUUUUUGUUAACCUUCAUUCCUAAAGAGUUGAAGGAUUACCACAGUGUCUGUCACUUGGUCCUGAGGGAUGUCCCACAGCUGCCACCAGAGCCCAGUGACAAUGGUGUCCUUCAACCUGUGCGCACUGGCUCCAAGGUGAGUGAUGUCAUUGUCAUGGAGAUAGAGGUCAAAGGGUCAACAGAGCCAUACCAGGUCCUGCUGGAGCCCUACGCUGUGUUUAUCCCCGGAGAGGUUUUGAUUUCCACCACCACCCGCAGACAAUUCAAGAUGUGGAACCACAGCAAAACAUGUGUCUCCUUUCAAUGGGAGAGGAUGAACAGCAGCUGCCACAUCAUAGAGGUAGAGCCCUCUACUGGUGAAAUAGAGGAAAAUGAGUGCUUUGAUUUUGAUUUGAUUAUGACUGGAGGGAAACCAGAAAAAGUUGUGACCAGUUUGGUCUGCCACAUAGAGCACAGCACUGAACCUGCUACUUUAUUAGUAGAAGUUUCCUUUAAGGGUCCCACAGUGACUGUCAGUGUGCCCAAUAUUGACUUUGGGCUCAUGAGGCUCGGGGAUCAGAGUCAAACAUCACUUGUCCUCAUAAACACCAGUCAGCUGGAGGCCUCCUGGACAUUGGAGACAAGGAAUAAAAGCCAGCAAGAUGCACAGCUUUUAGUUGAGCCGUGCACAGGUCUGCUGCCGCCCUUGGAUUCUUGCAUCGUGAACAUUGUCUUCAGGCCACAUUUCUGCCAGCAGUUUGAAACAGAAUUGGAGUUGUCAGUGGAGAAUGGAUCUGGAUGUCACCUGUCAGUGCGAGCAGAUGUGCAGUCUCCCCAAGCGUGUCUGCUAAACUGUGAACUGCUCCUCUGUGAACUCUACAUCGGUGUUCCUGCCAAGAGAACUGUGACUCUUUUCAACCAGACUCUGCUGCCCUCACACUUCACCUGGGUGACUCAACUUCAGGGAAAACAGGCUGAACUGUGUACAGCUAGUUUUGAUCCCUCAUCUGCUACUCUGGGACCUAAUGCCAGCAUGGAGAUUACAAUUAACUUCACCUCUCACACAGAUUUGGAGUUGACUGAGGUUGCUGCUGUCUGUGAGGUCCAGGGGAUGAACUCUCCUCUUGUUCUUGGUAUCAGAACUUCCAAAACCAAGAAACUCAGCGUAUCCUAUUGCAUACCAAGUAUCUGCUCCCCUGACGAUGAUGAGAGUUCUUCAUUGUUCUUCAACUUUGGUAAUGUCAUUUUGAAGAGAGCUGUUACUAAACAGUUACUAAUAACCAAUCAAACUGCCAUCCCAGCCCCUUUCAGCAUAGAGGCAGAGUACUUCAGCUGCAGUGUCUCGAAGUCAAGUAGUCAGUCAGAGAAAAGAUCCACAUAUGUCAAGAGGCCGCUUCACUCCGUUCAGGCUAAAAAAAUAGAAGAAAAAGCACAUGAAGACUUUGUGAGCAGCUUGCUGGCUUAUGGAAAAGGUGCAGCAUUUUUUCUUAUGCCAAACACUGGGAUGCUGGGACCGUUUGAGACCCAGAGCGUGGAUGUGACUGCCUACACUGACAUGUGGGGCGAGUACAGAGAUAACCUCAUAUGCAAAGUGGGGGACCUGGAGCCCACACUCAUUCCUGUGCAGAUGACAGUGAAAGGAUGUCCACUCUACUUCCAGAUCACAGGCCCACAAGCAGAUGACCAGAACAAGGGGCCAAACAUACAGUUUGGUUCUCAUAUAUCUGGAGGUGACACUGUGUCUCGGUCUCUUCGCAUUAACAAUCCCACCAUGUUCGAUAUUCGUAUGGACUGGGAGACUUAUAAUGUAGAUAAGAACGACCGUAAACUGGUGGACGUUGUGGUGGCAUUUGGAGAUGCUUUUCCAGUCAAAGAUGCAGAUGGCAACGAAACAGUAAGCGGAGCAUUAAGGCUGUCUGAUGGGAACAGUCAAAGAGCCUGGGAAAGGAAGAAUACACUAGACUCUGUGGGAACAAGCACCUCCCUCACAAGCACAUCUGGUGGGGAGGAGGAGGAAUCUAUAACUGAGUUUGACAGUGAGAAAGAAAGUAUUUCUUUACAUCCUUGUCAUGCCAAGAAUAAACUCCUCUCUGUCCACAUCAGACCUCAUGUGGGAAGCCUUUCAGAUUACCCAUACUGCAUCACACCUCAACAAAUAGUGAUUCCAGCGAAAGGCAGCAGCACCAUCCAUGUGUCUUUCACCCCUUUGACACUUUCUGGUUCAGCUUGUGAGUCCAAAUGUGUGGGCAAAGCUCUGGGCUUCAUGAGCCUCGACUCUGAGAUGUCCGCCUGCGUCCCGGGUAAAGUUAACCGACCUCAGGGUCUGGAUUUGGAGCCUGUCAGAAUGAAUCUACUAGCGGUCGUUAAACCUGCAGUGCUGUUAGUGCAGAUGGAGGAGGAUGAGGGGGUGCUGGAGUUUCAUGCCUCGGCCGGUGAUUUACUGGGAACAGAAUCAGAGAAGGAGCUGUUAGCACAGGAAUUGGACAUAAUUCAGACCUUGAGGCUAAAAAACACCUCUGAGAUGCCUCUGCACUUCAAGCUGAAGACUCAGCCUCCGUUUUUUGUCCUAAAACCAAACCUUCUGACCCACACGAGCACCUCCAGUAACACUAGUACCACUGACAGUCAGUCUCUGGUGCUGCAGCCACAACGAAGCAUGCAGGUUAAAAUUGCCUUCCACUGCUCCCUGACUCUUCUGGACCAUGUUGACGAGGCAGAUGAGGAAAGGCCAUCUGGGGUGAUGUUGAUCCAAAGUGCAUUUGGGUGGCGGAAGCUGAGAUUCCAACAAAACCUUCAGAUUCACUACAGCAACAGCAGUCUGCAGACGGUGCCUCUUUGUGCCAAUCUCGAUCUUUCCACAUUGCAUCUGUCCAGUGAGAGCAUCGACUUCGGUUUCUGCUAUGUGGGCAAGACUCAGAUAAAAGAAGUAAAACUGUACUGUCAUGGAGCUCACACAUACUGGAAAUCACAUAUAGACUCCGAUGAAUCAGACGCUGAUGUGUUCAGAGUGACUCCAGACUUUGGGCUCCUCAGGCCUAAAGAACUCCAUGUGGCGAGCAGCAGCGAGUGUCUACAGAUCAGCUUCACUGCCAGUGGAGACAGAGAGUUCAGGGCCUUGGUUGUGAUCCGUUCUCCUCUGGUGAAGACCUCCCUCACGGUGCAGCUGAAGGGAACAGGAUCAUUUAAUGAACAGUACAACUCUGACCAGACAUAACGUCACCACUGAUCACAAUAACACAGUGUUUUAUUGCUGUCUUUUCCUGAAGCAAUUAUUUGUCAGAUGAAAUUGUAAAGUG